AUGACACCUAGAGUAACUGUUCUGAUCUCAGGAUCUGGAUCUAAUUUACAAGCUCUUAUUGAUGCAAAAGCUAGGGGUGAUUUAGCAUGUGAUAUAGUGCGUGUAAUCUCAUCAAGUAAAAAAGCAUACGGUUUGGAAAGAGCGGCGAAACACAACAUCCCAUCAACGGUCCAUUCGCUGUAUAAGUAUACCAAGGACUUGCCAAAGGAAGACAAAACUGCACGGGAAGCAGCUAGAAAGCAAUUUGAAAUUGAGCUGGCGUCUGCUGUCCUGGAAGAUAAGCCAGAUUUAGUGGUUUGCGCAGGUUGGUUAUUAAUAUUAGGUAGUGAGUUUUUGAAGCGCCUCCAGAGUAUCCCAAUCAUAAAUUUACAUCCAGCACUUCCAGGUGCCUUCGAUGGUACUACGCAUGCGAUCGAGAUGGCAUGGAAAAAAUGUCAGCAAGAUGGCCGUCCUUUAAAAGCUGGAUGUAUGGUUCACCUUGUCAUUGAGGAAGUUGAUAGAGGAGAGCCCGUUGUCAUCAAGGAACUAGAGAUUGUUCCGGGCCAGGAGAGCCUAGAGGACUACGAAAAUAGAGUUCACGCUGCUGAGCACAUCGCCAUCGUUGAAGGCACCAGAAAGAUUCUGGGACAAGCCAAUGUUGUCAAAAACUAA